UUCCAGUUUUAAAUAAAAUAAUCUAACAAAUUGUAGUUAAUUUGUUUGGAAGCAUAAAAAUAAUUUAAUGACAAAUCCAAAUAUUGUGUGAAUUAAAAGAAAACUUUAUAAUACGUAUGUAAAAGUCACUGUGAUGCCCCGUGAAAGAAGUCGAUAUCGUGAUCGGCGCAGUUCUUCGUACAGCUCAGUGUCUUCUCACGAACGGAAGAAAUCAAAAAGUAAAUACAAAAGAAGAUCUCGAUCUCGAGACCGUUCAGAAUCUAGCAGUCAAAAACGAAAGCGAUCAAGUUCUAGAUCUAGACCGAAAAGAAGAAGCUAUUCUAGGAGUUUAUCAAAAGAAAGGUAUGACACGAAAAUAAGAAGACGAUCUACCUCACGCUCGAGAACGAAGCGUUCACGGCGGUCACCGUCAAGAGACCGUUCGCGAUCUAGAUCCAGUACUCGGAGUAGAUCAAAAUACAAUAAAAGUAAAAAGUCAUCAAAGAGAUCUAGAUCUUCAAGCAGUCGCUCCAGUUCUUUCGAUAUAGAGAGUAUUUCACAUUCAAGGAAAGUGAAUCUUGAUGACACUGAUGUGAAAAUUGAAAAAUCCAUUAAAGCAGCUGAGGCGGCUGGGUUGACUAUGACUAAGAUACCAACAUAUGAAUACAAAGAGGUUGCCAUAAAAGAGGACAUGCCAACAAUCCACGAUAGAAACUUGUUAGCAGAACUGAACAGUGACUCAUUUGUUCAGAAGUCAUUCACUUCAUCAAGAAACAAGAAACAAACUCAGAAUAUUGUCAUUGAUUUGAAUUCACAGACUGUCACAGUACCUGAUUCUGAUGUCAAGGUGCAAAAAGAUGAUUCUAUUAUAAAUUUUGAUGAGCUUCCAAGUGAGGAAGAACUAAAAGAAAUGUGGAUAAAGAAACUUUACCUGUUUAGAAAAAAGAUGCUGAGGGGUGAUAUAUGAAAUAAAUUAUAUGAAUACAUUAUUUAUCAUUUUAUUGUUGAAAAAUUGGAAAGGAACUGUUUUGACUGGUUAUUAGGAAGGAUUAAUUAAAAGAAACACAUUCAUUGAAAAUU